UUAUCACACGGAACGAUCUUUUGGUCAUAUCUUGUUAGUUGGUAGUAGAAGAACAUUUCUUUUUACCUUGGUUAGCUGUGAUUUGGAGAAAUCUGUUGAGCAUGUGAGUCUGUCAAGGAGAACCUAGCAGAAAAUACGCAACAACCUUUUAAGGAAACUCCAUAUAAUUCGAAAGGCAACACAUAUACGUUGACCACUUACAAAUCAGUUCCAUCGCCUGUCACGAGCACAUCGUCCACAGAUAAUGAUGGGAAGCAUUUGGAGAAAUGCAAAUCCUUGAUGAACGCUUCGUUUUUACAAUACUCUCGUGGUAGUCUAUUGCUUAUAAGUAAAUACAUAACCACUACCAAAGUUAAACGGGGUAAUCAUUCGCCUAUAAUUAUCGAUUGUUGCGUGAUUGAAUUGGAAGCACGCCUGAAACGUCUUAAGAUAUGGAGGAGUUCCGAUUACAUGAUAUCGCAAAAUUUAGUUUCUCUAUAUUUAUUUAAAGUAGAUAAAUGUCUUGUAUACUACUUUAAGGAUCCUGCUAUUAUAAGCAACGUCCCAUUGGUAGCGGACGUCUACAACCUAAUAAGUGGUCCGAUAUUUAUUAUAUGGCAUCUCAACAUUAUAAUAACAACAAUUCAGCAGAGACGAAAUAGCGAUUUGGUAUCAACGGAUGGAAAUGAGAGCGAAGAAAAAUCGUCUUUUAAGGAUAGACAUGAUAUUGUCACCAAAAACUAUGUGAAACCAGUAAUGUCCGGAUUUUUAUUUGUAUUUAGCUUGAAAUACUAAAAGUAUCGGUUUCGAUGAUGACCGAUCGAGAAAGUUUAUUGUCGG